UCAUUUCAUUCCUCCCCUCAUUCCGCGCAUUCCUCGCAUCGCUGGCGCCGCGCAGCCCGGCCGGGAGCCCGGCCCGCCCCGCCGCCGGCCGGGCAGCAACUCAUCCUCCGAGGGGCUCCGUCCGCCGGCCCGCGGCAACCUACUGCCGCGGUAUAAAUAGCCGAGAGACGGAUUAAAAAUAGGCGCGGGGCCAUAAAUAGCCAGGGGCGGCCCGGGGGCAGCGGGCGAAGUUUUGCCGUCGGAGCGCGGCGCGCUGGCGGUGCGCGGAGGGGGGGCCGCGGCGCGGAGAGCUGCUGCUGCUGCCGCUGCUGCUGGUUAAUUGCACAUUCAAGUGGAAAAUUUUCGGGAGUCAGCAGAAACAUUGUAUCCAAAAAAGACAAAGUCGCAGUUACUACAGCACCGAGGAGUUUGUCCCUGGAAAACUUCCUUUCGGUAGGAACCGUUUAUUUUGCUUGAGACUCCAGGCUUAGGCUUGGAGACCCCAACCAUCACCAUUGAGCCCAGCAGCUGGAGCGGCAGCGAGAGUCCUGCCGAAGAUAUUGAAAGAAUGAGUGAUUCUGCAGAUAAACCUAUUGACAACGAUGCAGAAGGUGUCUGGAGCCCUGACAUUGAACAGAGCUUUCAGGAGGCUCUAGCUAUCUAUCCACCAUGUGGGAGGAGGAAAAUCAUCUUAUCAGAUGAAGGCAAAAUGUAUGGUAGGAAUGAAUUGAUAGCCAGAUACAUCAAACUUAGAACAGGGAAGACACGGACCAGGAAACAGGUGUCUAGUCACAUUCAGGUUCUUGCCAGAAGGAAAUCUCGUGAUUUUCAUUCCAAGCUGAAGGUAACAAGCAUGGAUCAGACAGCAAAGGACAAAGCACUCCAGCACAUGGCAGCAAUGUCAUCAGCUCAGAUAGUCUCAGCUACUGCUAUUCACAACAAACUGGGCCUGCCAGGAAUUCCCCGUCCUACAUUUCCUGGGGCACCUGGGUUUUGGCCGGGCAUGAUUCAAACGGGGCAGCCUGGAUCCUCACAAGAUGUAAAGCCAUUUGUUCAGCAGGCCUAUCCUAUACAGCCAUCAGUCACAGCUCCCAUUUCAGGAUUUGAGCCUACGUCAGCUCCAGCUCCAUCAGUCCCUGCGUGGCAGGGCCGAUCGAUUGGUACGACCAAGCUCAGGCUGGUAGAGUUUUCAGCUUUCCUUGAACAGCAGAGGGAUCCUGAAUCAUACAAUAAGCACCUCUUCGUACACAUCGGACACGCCAACCAUUCUUACAGUGACCCCUUGCUUGAGUCCGUGGACAUUCGUCAGAUUUAUGACAAAUUUCCUGAAAAGAAGGGUGGACUCAAGGAACUGUUUGGGAAGGGGCCCCAAAAUGCUUUCUUCCUCGUAAAAUUCUGGGCUGACUUAAACUGCAACAUUCAAGAUGAUACAGGAGCAUUUUAUGGAGUCACCAGUCAGUAUGAGAGCUCAGAAAACAUGACAAUCACCUGUUCCACCAAAGUCUGCUCAUUUGGAAAGCAAGUAGUAGAAAAAGUAGAGACUGAAUAUGCAAGGUUUGAGAACGGCCGAUUCGUGUACAGAAUAAAUCGCUCCCCAAUGUGUGAAUAUAUGAUCAACUUCAUCCACAAGCUGAAGCAUUUACCAGAGAAAUACAUGAUGAACAGUGUGUUGGAAAACUUCACAAUUUUAUUGGUGGUAACAAACAGGGAUACACAAGAAACCCUGCUCUGCAUGGCUUGUGUAUUUGAAGUGUCGAACAGCGAACAUGGAGCACAGCAUCAUAUUUACAGGCUUGUAAAGGACUGAGCAGUUAUUUAUAUAUACACUUCAUUUCACUUCUUUAUCAAAACACAGACUGUAAACCUCAACACUAAGUGGCAGUGCCUCUGGCCCAACUUUCACCCACAUUUUUCUAAAGCCUGUUUUAGUGAAGUCAUUUUUAAUGUGUUCAUAUAUAAUUGUAGCUGUGAAAUUCUGGUACAGUUGUAAAAAUUAUUUCUAAAACUGUGUUCUUCAAAUUUGUAAACCACAGUUCUUUUGGGAAGACUGUAUUUAAGAACCUGACGCCUCUGUCUGUGGAGGCAUAUUUUUAAUUCUGAUAGAAAAAUGUAUGACAGAGCAUUUGCCAUGGGGAAAAACUGACAGCAUUUG